AUGAUUCCACAUCGAUCCGCGCUUUUCAACAAUGACGGUAUUACUUGUUUCAAUUACAAUACUUGUCUUUUGUAGUUUUUGAAAUAGUCACAGUACUUAAAGUUACAGUAAUCUCAUAAUCAGUCAAAUUUAGUUCCUUAGUCAGCUCGGGCACAAAAACGCGUCAGAAACGAUGACGAAAUGAGUCCAUUUCCAUUUCUCUCUUUCUGACUUCAUUCCGAUUUGCCACGUCACAAAGAGCCGAUUUCUUCUUUUUCCAGACUCGGCUGCUCCUUCGAACAAGUCCCGAAUGUUCUGCGUCUCGUACGCCUCGUCGCAGCAGCAGCAGUCGGCAAACACGCCGACAAUCCACGAACAACAGGUAGGCCAGGGGAAGGAAAGCGAACGAUCGGAGUAGUGAUAUCCCCGCGACUACUCGUAUCUUUUGCCAGGAAGAAAUAUACUCGUCACUCAAAAAAGUUCGGACUGCCGAUGAUCUGACCUCCAGCCAACUUUCCAUUGACAAGCACAUCACGAUGAUUCCAUUGGGGUAAUUGACACUUGAAGAGAUUUGAAGAGGAUGAAAAAUUCAGAAGCCCACAUGAGUUGCAAAGAGAAACCACUGCAAAUGGGACAAUGAUCAGAGUCACUUCUGGAUUGCCACAGAAGAUCGAGAUGACGCCGAACGAGAAACUGAGAGAACUGGUGCCGAAGGUUCUUCUAAUUGAUUUCCUGCGAAACAAUACAAAUGAGAAGAUUCUUACAGAUGCGCCUCGAGCACUCACACCAGCCACGUCCAGAGCAACCGAGAAAAGUGGAUCUUCAGGAGCCAAGAGAGGAGGUUAGUCUUAAAAAGUUGAAAGUUCGUGGCAGUUCGAUUCGGCCGUUCCGCCCCCGUUUCUCUCGGCGACCGGUAAUCAGGCUCGCGCGGGCAGCAGCAGCAGAAGAAGAAGAAGAAGGAGCAUGUUGACUCAGCAGAAAAUACAAACACGCGAAGCAACUUGCCGCCGUUUUGCCCUCUUUCUGCUCUGUCGGCCCGUCCUCCUUCAUGCUCGGAUCCCGGAAAGAACGUGGCUCUGGCUCUCGCUCAGUGUUCGCACAUUCGGUCACUUGGGCAAACACAAAGUGCGCCAUUUUUGACAGAUUCUCGAUCCGAGCAUCAUCCAUUUCUUCGCUCAUUUCGUAUCUUUUUCAUUUGAUAGUCAACGCCCAUUAAAAUAUUUCCAGCUCCUCCGAAUUCGAUGAUUGCAGACUUCGAAGGUUGGUCAGGAAGAGCGAUGGAGGGAAGAGUGUCUGGAGGACAGGUUCGAGGGACCAACAAUAUCCGAGGCUACUGGGAACGGAACAUCCAAAUCGAGCAGAGACAGCGGGCGGAGGAAGAGCGACGACAGAGGCCGAGGAGCUACGGAUUCCCCAAAUGGAGGUCGACGGACGCGCUUUCCGCUUCACUCGUUGCUUCCAACAAUAUUCAGGUGAGUCAUAAAAUCUGGAAUAUGUGUUUAAAAACUCUGUUUUAAAUUUCAGAUUCCCCUGGACAGUCGGAUUCCAGAAGAACGUCUGCGAAAGAUGGAAGAGACCGAAAGAGAGGCGAUUGAAGUGAAAAAGGAAAUCCACGAAGAAGCGGAGAUGGUCGCUGGAAGCAGUACUCGGAAGCUGUCGAAAGGAAAGAGCCUGGAUUCGCUGAAUAUGCAAGUGGACUAUCGUCCGUGGUAUGACACGGAGAAGAUCAAAUCGGCGGUCUCCCGCGAGUCCAUCGCCAACAUUGCCACGUCAAGAGAGUUCUUCGAGACUGCUUCCACUCGCGACUGGAGGUCCGCUGCCAACAGCCGUCGCGACUCGAUGUGCUCUGUGAGCAUGGCCCCGCCCCUUCCCCCGAAAUCAGAUGCUAUUCAACUGCGGCAAGCGUCUGUGAAUCAGCCGGCAAGGCCGCCCGUCCACCAUCACAAUGGAUACGGCCAUCACUAUCCGCCCACUCCGUCGUCCGCUUCUGUCUCAGUUUCGAAUGGCACUCAGAAUGUGAACGUGCUUACGAUUUCCAGCGGAUACGACGGAGCACAAGUGGCUCAGAAACCGCAACAACUGCCCACGCAGACUUCCAUCAACAGACUCAUUCAACAAGGUGAUUUCCUUAGGAACAUCAACUUCCCUUCAUCCAUCACAUUUUCAGAUUCUCCCCAGACAGCCGAUCCGAUUGAGCAGCAAGAAGUCCUUUUAAUGCUGUAUCUCAAACAGAAUCUGGACAUUGUGCAAGGCCUAGGAAUCCACAUUCCGCAAGAACUUCUUGCUGAAAUGGAGGAUCUACAGAUGCUUCCAGUCGAAUUAAGACUCUGUGAUGAAGAACCGCAUAGAGUGCGUCAUCUUCUACUCAACCAUUGCAAUUGCCGUUCAUUUCAGAUGUUCAGCCCAGUCGCAAAGAAUGGAAGAUAUCAGCGUAAGCCUCAAGUGAACAUGGCUCCGAAUCGGCAGUUGAUUGGCCAGAAGUACGUGAACAAAAGGGAGGUUCCCAUCUCGCGCAGCCGGCAGAACAGCGAAAUGACAAAUUCGAACGUUGACCUCUCUUAUUAUCAUCAUCCGUCUUCGUCUUACGGAUAUCAUUGA